CGCCGCCGACGCAGCUGGCGGUGUAUGCGCUGAGCAUGGAGGUGCUGCCAGCCGGCAUGUUGCAGGUUGUGGCGGCGGAGCUGGAGGCGCUGAUGCAGCUGGUGUUGCCGCUCUGCCACCGCGCCCUGCAGGGCCGCAUGGCGGACGAGUGGAGCCAGCUCUGCCCGCCACCUCCCGCACCUCAAGCUCCGCAGGGCACCGCUUCUGCAUCUGCACCCUCACUGGACGGCCCCAGCAACCGCAGCAGCAGCUGUCACGUCAACGCCUCCGGCGCUCCCAUGAGCCCCUCUGGCUCCGCCGAUGCGACCAGCGGUGCCGGUGGCCAGGACGCACCAUGCGGCCAGACGAGGGCGCGCGUCGACUGCGCCUUUCCAUCGCACGACCAGCGGGACGAGCAGCGCAUCGGUGGCUCCAACCGCAACCGCCCGCAGCGCACUCGCUCCGUGCGGGAGCCACGAUCGACCCAUGGGACCGAAGCCUCCCGCCUGCUGGCUUCCACAGGAAGCAUCAGCCCAGGUGCCGUCGCAGCUACAGGCAUGCCAUGGGCGGCGCAACAGCCGCAGCAGCAGGCCCCUCAGCAGCAGCAGCAGCAGCCCCAUGUUGCGCCACUUCGGCGGCUGCUGUCUCGCUUCGCUACCGGCGCAACAGCGACGAUGUCAACCACAGCUGCCGCCGCCACUCCCUCAGAGGCAUCCCCCCAGUGCCAGUCGACGACAUUCGAAACCAAGCCAACCCCUUGCAACAGCCCGGAUGCGCUGGACCCGCAGUCCCCCUUUAGGGCGCCCGCAAGCAACCCGUCCCCGGCUUAUGCGGGCACGUCAGCACGCCUGCACGGCGGCAGCGGCGGCAACAUCGGCGAUGUCGGCAGCGGAAGUAUCGAGGAGGACGAUGUGGAGGAGGAUGACUUGGAGCUCAGCAGCCUGGUCAGCAGCUCGGAUCGCCUGAGUGGCGGGCCCUCCUUCGCUUCGCCGCUGUGCACUGGAGUGGCCCGCGUACACGAGGAGGGGCAGCUGGGAGAGGAAGGAGGAGCGGCAGGGAAAGGAGCCAAGGGAGCUGCAGGCAGGGCCGCGACACCGCAGUCGCCGCUCCUGAUCCACGGGUUUUCAGGCAACACGUCGGUGCGGUCUGCAGAAACAGGAGGAGCGACGGCGGCAGUAGCGGUGGCGCCAAUAGCAGUGGCAGUGCAGCCGGCACCAGGGAAGUGCGGCGCAGUCAGCGACCAACGCGCCCGGCAGCUCAGCUGCGCCGAGGGGCUGCCCGCGCCGCCAUCCUUCAUGCAGCUUCGCGCCCAAUCACAG